AUGAACACUUUGAAGAAAGACUUGGGACAAGUAGGGACAAGUCAGGACAAGGCAGGACAUAUUAGAGCAGUAGGGACCAGUCAGGACAUAUCAGGACAUAUUGGGACAAGUAGGGACAAGUCAGGACAAGGACAAGUAGGGACACAUCAGGACACAUUGGGACACAUCAGGACAAGUGGGGACACAUUGGGACAGGCUGGACAAGUAGGGACACAUCAGGACAAGACAAGUGGGGACACAUUGAGACAGGCUGGGACAAGUAGGGGACACAUCAGGACAAGUGGGGACACAUUGAGACAGGCUGGGACAAGUAGGGACCCAAUCAGGACAGGUGGGGACACAUUGGGACAGGCUGGGACAGUAGCAUCAGAUUCACUCGUUCAGCACAUACAUGAGGCAUCCACAGUCAAGGCCAAUCACAAACACCUCAAGCUAGAGACCCAAUUGGCAAGCAGAGAGUUGAAGAUGUGCAAAUCUCAUGCUGAGCGUGAACAUGGACUCCAGAGCACAAUGGCCAUUCAAAACCAUGAGCAUGCAAUGGCAGAUGAAUGGAUGAAGCAGCUGGAAUUGGAGAUCAAGCUUGAGCAAGUUCAAACAUUGUGA